UUUAGUAACCGAAUAUUAAAACUAAUUACAAUGCAUCAUUUAUGAGAUGCUGCUAGUUUUAUGACAUUUAAAAAAACAUUUUGAACGAUUACAUUCUGUAUUUUGCUUUUAUUAAAUUAUUUUAGCUUGAAACAACAAGCUACCGCAGCUCCGAUUAGCCAUGCAACAAGUUAUCGCGAUAACAACUUUUGAUCAGGCAUUUAAAACAGCUACCGCCUUGGUCCUAAGCGGACUCGAUUUCGCGGGGGGACUGGAUUUCUCACCACACCGGUCGAGUUCCUUGCCCCUUGGUUUUUAGCUUGUCCUGAAUCACUAGGGUGCACCUAUAAUAAGUGUUCAUAUUCGGACUAUUUUAGAUUGAUUCGGGAGUACCCCGCGGCGGAUUAACCCUUUGUGAUUCUUCAUAGACAUAAACAGAGAGAAGACAGAUUUAUAAUGUCUUGUUAUUACUGUUAACAAAGUCCCACCCCUUCUGAUAAGCUAUAAAGUGAGAAUGAAACAGACUCAUUAAUUCAUUCAGCUCCUGGUCAAAGAUGGAUCUCCAAAUCUCAGUUUUUCUUCUGUUCGUUCUCUUCACUGCAGGACACUCUUUCAAAUGUUAUGAGUGUGUUAGUAUGACGGGUUCUUGUGCGGCUCAAAAGAUAAAAUCAUGUCCCAGUGGAUUCUCCAAGUGCAUGAGUGUCACAACAGUUACACAAUCUGGUGAAAUUAGUUCUAAAGACUGUACUGUUGACUGUCAAAAUGGGUCGAUGAACUUGGGUAUGAUAAAGGCAUCUUAUUCCUGCUGUGACACUGACCUUUGUAACUCCAAAGAUGCUCCAGAUCUCAGCUCCAUUGUCCCCAGUGGAAAGACAUGUUACUCUUGUGUUGGGCACAGCUGUUUAAACAUAAUGAACUGUUCAGGGAGUGAAGACCGCUGCAUUAAAGCAACAGGGAGUUUUGGAGGCCCGUCAGCAGAUGUAAAAGGCUGUCUCUCUAAAUCUAUUUGUGAUGCCUUAACAUCUGUAAGUGAUGGUCAGGGCAUCUCGUGUUGUUCAGGGAACCUGUGUAACAGUGCUAAUGGUGUCACUCAGAGCUUCCUGUUCCUCUGCUGUUCUCUGCUCUCCUUCAUCCUUCUGCACUGAAUCCAGCAGAUCUUCAUAUUCUACAAUCAGACACACUGUACAGAAGAGCCUUAUACAACUCAGUGUGUGUCAGAGUGUUGAUUUUUAGAUCUAAAAAGAUAAACAGCAACUAUAUAAACAGCAUGCUCUAUUGUCAAUCUUAACCUUUAACAUUGAUAAAAAUACUAAAUCAACUAUUCAGGCAAAGCAGAAUCCUUGUAAAAAAAAUCAGAAUUACGUUUAUUCUGUGACUUAUAGACUAUAGAUGUUUAGCAGCCCAUGUUUUAUUUGAUGUUAUGUCAUAACAUUAACACUUUAUAUUCAAAUUACAUAAUUUCGUUCACUUAGUUAUAGGUUUUAAUGAAUAGCAAAGAUAUCUGCAAUGUAUGUCUUACUUAUGGAGUGAAAUUGAAUAAUUAUAUUUAAAUAAAUUGGAAGGAUUGAAUUGAAUUUCCAAUCAGAAACAUGCCUUCUGUUUCCAUUCUAGGAGGCAUCUUGCCACAAGGGUCUAACUUUACCAUUUGAAUAUAUAUAUAUAUAGAGAGAGAGAGAGAGAGAGAGAGAGAGAGAGAGAGAGAGAGAGAGAGAGAGUGAGUUUUUUUUUUUUUUUUGCAUAGGCACAGGAGCUUAUAAGUAUGUAAAGAAAAUAAACAAAGACACUUUGAUUUCCAACGUAAUAAACAGAUCACUAUUUUCCAGAGACACAAAAUUAGAUCAGUUAACCUGAAAACUCUGUUGACUGAUUAAAUAUCACAGAUGCUAAUAAUAGUCCAAAUAAAUUACAAAAAAUAAAAAAAUAAGCAGCGCAUAGUAUUAAAUGCGUUGAGGGGAGAUUUUGCACCAUCCUGUAGCCGAGAUAAUUUUACAACAUUUUUACAAGACAUUACAAGACAGUCAAACAAGAUCAAGACAUUCUACAUUUCAGUUAAUUCAUGUUUAUUUCGUAGCAGUAAAGAGACCGAGACGAUCAGUCUUUAAAAAUGUAGGAUUUUUCUUCUCUCUCUCUGGACAUCCCUGUAAAAUACCAUCGGAGCAUGCUGCUGCAUUGAUAAAUUAAUGAUAUAAAACAACAUAAUUCACUUUGUAAAUGCAACAUUUUUCCCCCCGUUGGAACUGUUACACAAUGUUGUAUCUUUGAAUAAAGUUUUAAACUGAGUUUAGCAUAAUUUAUCAGCAGGUGGCAGCAGAACUCUUACUGGAGACUACAGCUCAAUGUUAAUCUGUGUUUUUCAUAAUUGUGUUGUAUUCAUGUUGCCAUUGCAUUAAUCGUGUUUAUUUAUUAUUUACAGGAUGAAAAAUAUGAAUAAAAACAAUGUUGCUCAA